AUGUCUUCUGUUAGAAAGAUUGCUGCAUAUUUGGAGAGAAAGGAAGAUUUAACCCAACAAUAUAACAGUUUGAAAGAAGCGUUCAAAGAUGAACCAGAUUACGAAGGGUUGAUAAAUGUGUUUGAAAUUUUGAAGUUUUUAGAUGAAUUGAUUUAUGAGUAUCAUGUCCAUAAAUCUUAUCUUCAAAGUACUAAGGGACCAAUCAAUGAUUUUGAGCGGAAAUUGUUGGGGGAAAUGGAAAAAACUAUUAAGCAGUUGGAAGACGAUGUCAGUUUACCAUAUUUAAUAGAAAAUGCUCAGAAUUUAGCAUUGAUCAGAAGAGAGCUAUUUGAGAAUGCACAUGAAGGAGGACGACUAAUCCAUGCUUAUGAAUUACAAAAUCCGUCGUCUAAGAUGAUGAUUAGAUCAAGUCAACCACUUUCUCCAUCCUCCGUGUCAUUGAAUCUGUCACCUUCCAGUAAGCUGUCUCAGUCCCAAUCUAAGUCCCCAUUACGAUUGUCGAAUAAUCCCCUGGAGCAGUAUCUGUUGAGACAAAUUCCUAAAGAUAUACAAAAUCCUGCAAGAGCAAUGACAUGGUCCAAGCGAUGCACAGAGAUUGUGUUCGAGGCAGGCAAAUUGAACGGAACUCGAACACAAAAGUAUGACUACAUCAGUUCACAAAUUGAAAAAGAAUUUGGAUAUCAAUUUAGAGCACACUUUUCUCGUUAUUUGUAUUUACAUUAUAUUGAAGGCGAUGCUGCAAAGUUUCGGGCAGAUUUUGACAAAGCAUAUACCAAAUAUAUGAAUUUACCCACAGAUAAGGCAAGUGAAUUGAUAGAGAAAGAGCUCCAAGUACACAGAAACGUUUGUAGAUAUGGCAUCUGGUUACGAGAGAUAUUUCAAAGAACCUAUGGGAAAAUAACAGAGCCGGCCGAAAAUUUUUCAUAUGCAAAUUACUAA